AGUGAGAACUGAUCUUGAGCAAACAUGCGCGUCGCGCAAAGGAUUGGGUCUUAGAUUAAAUUUUUCGGAAUAUUGUUUCCGUUUCUCCGCCUGCCGCAUCAGGGAACAAAUAAAUAGACAAUUCAAUUGAGAGACAAUGGAAAUAUUGGAAUUGAAAGAUGUGAAGACCGUACCUGAUCUAGUUUACGAAUAUUCGGCGAAAGUAAAGAACGAUUCAACGCCACUGAUCAUAGACAAUGGUUCGUACAAUUGCCGAGUUGGCUGGGCAACAGAAAAGGAACCACAGUUGAUCUUCAAAAAUUUAAUAGCGAAACCGCGCAAGGAACGUGGUAAAAAAGAUGGUGAAUUGCAAGUGGGCAAUGACAUAGUAAAUAUUGAAGCAGUUCGUUUUCAACUGAAAACCCAAUUCGAUCGUAACAUCGUAACACAUUUUGAGGCACAGGAGCAGAUAUUUGACUACACAUUUACUCACAUGGGAAUUGAUACCGAAGGUUCUGUGGAACAUCCAAUUGUCCUCACCGAAGCCUUUCUAAAUCCCAAUUACUCGAGAAAUUUGAUGGCAGAGCUUUUAUUCGAAUGCUAUGGAGUACCUGCUAUAUCCUAUGGAGUUGAUUGUCUCUUUUCGUAUCACCAUAAUAACUGUCCACCAGAUGGUCUAAUCGUCAGUAUUGGCUAUCACACGACUCACAUCAUUCCAGUACUUGAUGGAAAAGUCGAUCCUAUUAAAGCGAGGAGAAUCAACAUUGGUGGUUAUCAUAUCACUUCUUACAUGCACAGAUUACUUCAACUCAAGUACCCGGUGCAUGUCAAUGCAAUAACGCCAAGCAGAGCAGAAGAGCUUAUUCGUGACCACUCAGUAAUUGCUUUGGCAUAUCAAGAGGAAAUAUCAAAAUGGGCAGAGCCAGAUUAUUAUGACAUGAAUGUACUCAGAGUACAAUUACCAUAUGUGGCUCCAACGAGCACACCUGGUCUAACUGUAGAACAGCAAAAAGAAAGGAAACGAGAACUUGCUCGACGAUUGAUGGAAAUCAAUGCUCGCAAACGGGAGGAAAGGUUAGCUGAGGAUGAGGAACAGCUGAACCAGCUAAUGGCUGUUCAAGAUCUCCUUGAAGAAGGGGAAACUGAUGAAUUUGAAGAAGCACUAAAAUCGUAUUCUCUAUCGAAUGAAGCUGAUUUGAGUAAAAUGAUAAAUAACUUACAGGCUAAAGUUGAAAGAACUAGACAGAAAAUAGUAGCAGCUAACUCUCAUGAAGAAAAUAUUGUCAUUGAAGAGCCAAAGCCAAAAGUAAAAUCAAUUCUUCAACCCAAAGAUCAGCAAGAUUUUGAUGAAUGGAUCACUGGUGUUAGAAAGAAAAGGCAAGAUAUAUUAGACAAACGACUCGCUAAACGACAGCGAAGGCAAGAUAUGGCAAAACGAAGGACCGCUGCGGCACAAGAAAGAAUGAGAAUAAUUAGUCAGUUAGCAAGGAAGGAGAAACGUGAUGACGAUUUUGGUAUGAGGGAUGAAGACUGGGAUGUAUACAAAGCCAUUAAUCGAGAAGGAGGCGAUUCUGACUCCGAGUUGGAACAGGAAAAACUUCUUGAACUCGAAGAUGUCCUGAGACACCACGACCCCGAGUUUGAUGGUGCCGGGUCUUCUAUCCCGUUGGUACCUGGAGAGACACAUCAGCUUCACAUUGGUGUGGAGCGAUUGAGAGCUCCAGAACUAUUGUUCCAGCCAUCCAUGAUUGGAUCUGUAGAGGCUGGUAUAGCCGAAACUAUUGAAUUUGUCCUGAGAAAUUAUUCAGAAGAAAAACAGAAAUUUUUGGUUGCUAAUAUAUUCCUCACUGGAGGAUCAGCAACUUUUCCAGGUCUUCUUGAAAGAUUGAAGCGAGAAUUGAGAGAGAUCAGGCCUUUCAAGUCUAGUUUUCAAGUAAACAUAGCAAAGAAUACUAGCUUAGAUGCGUGGUAUGGUGCAAGGGAUUUUUCAUUAAAUGGUAACCUUUCUGAGUAUUUGGUGAACCGUAAAGAUUACGAUGAAAAGGGAGGUGAGUACUUGAAAGAGCACUCUGCAAGUAAUACAUACACUCGGUCACCUGAUCCUCUUCCAAUUCAAAUUCCACCAAUUGCUGGGCAGAUUGUCGUAGAAGAAGCUAUAGUCGAUGUUGAGAUGGAAUGAGAGGGACCCUUAUAAAUCUGUUACACAUUAGUAAUUAAAAGACACAACUGAAAUUGUAGUUUGCAAUUCGAAGUGAACUUUCACAGGAAGUGUGUUAUUUAUACUUUUGUGAUUUUAAAUUUGAACUAUUUAAUAAAAAAAACCAUGUUCAA